AUAGCAAGGCCAAAGAAGAAGGUUCUUUUUUUGCAUUAAAAAAAAAAAAAACCACCACCUCUCUACUAAACCAGAGCUAAACCAACCAUUGUGCUGUGCCUACUAUCCCCCCCUCUCUCUCUCUCGUCUCCAUUUCCCUGUUCUCAAUAAGCUACUUUUGUUUUUGUUCUUCUUAGCUCCAACACACUCGUUUUUCUCAAAGCCAUUAAUCCAUUUGAUAGUUGACAAGAGCCAUUUUUUAUGCCUACACCACUAGAACAUGAUUACAUAGGUUUAACAGAGCCUUCUUCUUCUUCUUCCUCUUGUUUAGUAAUGGAAAGAAGCUCUGAAAAUAAGAAUAUUUCAUCAUCUUCUUCUUCUUCUAUUUCUUCCUCUACUCUAACGGAGGAUGAGAAGAUUAAGGAGACCGAGCUAAGACUUGGCUUGCCUGGGUCCCACUCUCUGGAGAGAAAACCAGGAGGACUCUCUCUUUUUGGCAAGGAUUUGGAGGAAAAGCAUAACAACAACAACAACAACAACAACAACAACAAGAGAGGCUUCUCUGACGCCAUUGAUGGGUCCUCUGGGAAAUGGGUUUUCUCUCAUCGUGUGUGUAAUGGAUCUGAGUCUGAGGCUGAUUUGGGAAAAGGGUCUGUUUUGUUUUCCCCUAGAGGUGGGAAUGUUGAAGGGAAGACUAAUGGUAAUGGUGCUCACCAGUCAGUACCUGCCAUGAAAGAUGUUGUUCCAAUUUCAAAGUCGGUAGCAGUUCAUGAGACGAAAACUCAGGUUUCUGAGCAUGGUAGUGCUCCUCCUGCUGCCAAGGCACAGGUGGUAGGAUGGCCACCAAUCCGAUCAUUUCGGAAGAACACCAUGGCUUCUAAUUUGGCAAAAAAUAAUGAGGAGGAAACACAAGACAAAUCUGGGUCCGGUUGUCUUUAUGUCAAGGUUAGCAUGGAUGGUGCUCCAUACCUGCGCAAGGUUGACCUUAAAACCUGCACCAACUAUAGGGAACUCUCAUUGGCUCUUGAGAAAAUGUUCAGUUGCUUUACCAUUGGGCAGUGCGGUGCUUCUGGACUACCGGAGCGAAAAGGCCUAACUGAGAGCCGUCUGAUGGAUCUUCUCCACGGUUCUGAAUACGUGGUUACUUAUGAAGACAAGGAUGAAGAUUGGAUGCUUGUUGGUGACGUCCCAUGGGACAUGUUCACCGAUACGUGUAGGCGAUUAAGGAUUAUGAAAGGUUCCGAAGCAAUUGGCCUAGCUCCGAGGGCCAUGGAGAAGUGCAAGAACCAAAACUAG